AUGGUAGUCCAAGUUCCCAGCCUGGAGCAGCUCGGAGGAAGUCAUUCAGUGGAGGCACAAGAAAGCAGAAAAGAUAAACAGAUGAUAGUUCACAAAAUUUGUGUCGGACAAAGGAUGCAGAUACCGUGAGCUGCUUUGGAGAUGUGAUUCAGGGACCCUGUCAUGCUAGAUGGAAGACGUUGCAAGUGGUUAAUGUCAGCAAGACUGUAAUAGGAUCAAGAUGGAGUCUGUCUUCGGCUUUCCCAGCACUGCGUUUGUGUGACUGGAGGAUUCUGCCUGGAGGUAACGCUGCAUGUGCCAUGACACGACCUACUUUAAUUCUGUGAAGGAUUCCUGGGAUUGGAGAGAUUUGAAGACCACAUUCUAUUUACUGGCUUCUUGGGAUUUUACUCACAGAUCCUCUCAGGUACAGGAUAUAGGGCUGCAGCAUUUUAAAUUGUGGGGAAAUGACAAAACUCGCUCUCAUCUUCAAUCAGUGCAUAUGAAGUCAUCUUUCAUCAAGUUCCAUCUCCUCUAGUCUCAUACGGAACGUAUCUCUCUAUCUGUUGUUAAACUACGAUGACAUGUCUGUAGCUAUCAGAAAGAGAAGCUGGGAAGAACAUGUGACCCAAUGGAUGGGACAGCCUUUUAAUUCUGAUGAUUAUAACCCAGCAUGUCAUCAUGGACUAGUAGCUGACAGCUUGCAGGCAAGUAUGGAAAGAGAUGCAACUUUAAAUGCGGAUCGUAAAGAGAGGUGUGUUUCAUUACCAGAUUGCUGCCAUGGUUCAGAGCUGAGAGACUUUCCUGGGAGGCCAAUGGGUCACAUUUCAAAGGAGGUGGAUGAAAAUGACAGACAUGAAGGUGAAGAUCAGUUUCUUUCUCUAGAGGCUAGCACAGAAACACUAGUGCAUGUUUCUGAUGAGGAUACCGAUUCCGAUCCAUAUAUUACAGAUGAUAAACAGAUUUUCACUACCCAAGGACAAAAAAUAUCAGACCAACAUAGCAGCAGAGGAGCAGGCUCCUCAGUAAAGACGCUGCCCGUCAUGGAAGGUCACCAGAGUCACUCCUGGGGAAUGGCUGAUGGAGCUGACUUAGCACUGGUCGAAGAAAGGGGGGAGAAAAAAGUUGUUGGCAUUGUAAGUAAAAGCCUGGAGCUUUGUAAUGAUAUCAGCUUAAGUGAAAUAAAAGAUGCAUCUAAUAAAAUAAAUGCAUGUGACUCUUCGAAUGUAAAAGAUAUUGUGCCCGAGAAGCAAUUGCUUAAUUCUGCUGUAAUUGCUCAGCAACGGAGGAAGCUUGACUUCCCUAAAGAUGAACAUGAAAGAAACACCUGCAGCGCAGUACAGGAUGAGUUCUCGGCCCUUCCUUGCACGGACAGAGGGCUGCCGUUAUUAAAAACAGAUUCUGGAAGCUGCCUUCUGCAGCCUCCUUCCUGCCCUAGUGGAAUGUCAGCUGAAAAUGGCCUAGAGAAGAGUGCUUUCUCAGAACCUCAAAACAAAAGUCUCCCAAAGGUCAACUCAGGAGAUAGCAUGCAGUGCAUACAAUUAAAGGAAACUCCGGCCACCCAGGAGCUCGCAGAUAACCCAGUCAGGCUUCGCAAAAGAAAGGAAAUAAGAGAAGAUCGAGAGAGGGCGCGGCUGGACUCCAUGGUGCUGCUAAUUAUGAAACUGGACCAACUUGAUCAGGACAUUGAGAAUGCCCUCAGCACCAGCUCCUCUCCAUCCAGCACGCCAACAAACCUGCGGCGGCACGUUCCUGAUUUGGAGUCAGAAUCUGAGAGUGGAGCAGAUACCACUUCAGUAAAUCAGACACAAAUAAAUUUGUUUUCUAACACCGAAUCUACCGACCUACCAUCUUCCACCCCAGUGGCCAGUUCUGGAACCAAACCCAAGUCUAUGGUAAGUUAUAAAUGAUAACAGUCAGUUUUAACAUGAAUUGCUGGUGAUCAUAAGGUAAGAGUUGAUAUCUCAUCCAUUCAAUAUAGAAGAAAUAAUCUUUGAGUCCUUGAGUGACUUGAUAGCAUUUAAUUAAGUACAUCUCAACAUACAUUGUUUGUUUGCUUUAUAACUGAUAACACAAGUACUUGACUAAAACAGGUCAUGGUUCUAGAAUUAUGCAAAAUGUGGUAUCAG